CCAGAAAAAAAAAAAUCUUGAUGACCAAGGAAUCGAGACGCGUGCGUGUCCGUAUAUAUAUCUGUGUGUCUCCCGUUUAACCCUAAAAGGAAAAGAUAUUCGAUGGAGUCGACUUCAUCGUCCGAGUCCAAAAUCGCCACGGCCAAGGCGGUGUUCUCGGCCGCCGCGUCCGUCACGGCCACGGUGAUGCUUGCCCGCUCCAUCACCCAUGAUCUCCUCCCUGACGACCUCCAGUACUACCUCUCCUCCGCCGUCCACGGCUUCCUCGCCCGCUUCUCCUCCCAACUCACCCUCGUCAUCGAGGAAUACGAAGGCCUCGUCAGCAACCAAAUCUACGACGCUGCGCAGAUCUACCUGUCCGCCAAGAUCUCCCCAACCACUCGCCGUCUGCGGGUUGCCAAGCCCGAAGGCGAGGACAACCUCAACAUUUCAAUGGAGCCGCGCGAGGAGGUUGUGGACACGUUCGGCGGUGCCAAGCUCAGGUGGGUCAUGGCCUCCAGAAUGGUCGAGACAGGUCUCGGAGCCAGCCGAGGGAGGUGGAGGACUAUGGGCCCGGUCGCCACGGAGUCGGAAGCCCGCUUCUUCGAGCUCAGCUUCCACAAGAAGCACAAGGACAUGGUGAUGAGCACGUACCUGCCCCACGUGGUGGAGGAGGCCAAGUGGAUGAGGCAGGAGAAGAAGACGCUGAAGCUGUUCACGCCGUGCUGGGAGAACAUGUACAGCGGCAGCCUCUCCGAUGCCUGGACCCCGAUUAACCUGGACCACCCCGCGACAUUCGAGACCCUCGCAAUGGAGGCGGCAGCCAAGGAGUUCAUCAAGGAGGACUUGAAGAGGUUCGUCAAGAGGAGAGAGUAUUACAGGAAAGUAGGCAAGGCGUGGAAGAGGGGCUACUUGCUGUACGGUCCGCCGGGGACGGGGAAGUCGAGCCUGAUCGCGGCUAUGGCGAAUUACUUGAAGUUCGACAUUUACGACCUCGAGAUGACCGAGCUGACCCGGAACUCGGAGUUGAGGAAGCUGCUGGUGGCAACGGCAAACCGGUCAAUCCUGGUGGUUGAGGACAUCGACUGCACCAUUGAGUUCCACGACCGCAUUGCCCGGUCGGCAAGCCCCUCCUCCCGCGGCGAACCGGAGAAUCAGGUCACAUUAUCAGGCUUCCUCAAUUUCACCGACGGGCUCUGGUCGAGCUGCGGCGACGAGCGGAUCAUAAUCUUCACCACAAACCACAAAGAAAAGCUCGACCCGGCUCUUCUCCGGCCCGGCCGUAUGGACGUCCACGUCCACAUGUCUUACUGCACCCCGUGCGGGUUCAGGCUCCUUGCCUCGAACUACCUCGGGGUCGAGGACCACACGCUCUUCGGAGAGAUCGAGGGUUUGGUCCACGCUGCCGAAGUCACCCCGGCCGAAGUCGCGGAGCAGAUGAUGAAGAGCGAGGAGCCCGGGGAUGCGUUGAAGGACAUGGUUGAGUUCCUCAAGAUGAAGAUCAAGGAAAAUGAGGAGCGAAAGGCCAAGAAGGUUGAGGAGCAGGAAGUGUCGGCAGAGAAAGAGGAGAAAAAGGAGGUGCAAGUGGUGGAAAAGAUGAACGGGAAGGAAGACAACUAAGGCAGAUGAUGACGAAAUAUACGAACGAUUUAAUAGACAAUCAAACAUGUUUGAUUUAUGGAAAAACUUUACAUCCAUUGUAAAGAAAGA